CCAAAUUUCGCAUCGUCAACGUGGAGUACUCCACUUGAUUCCCUGCUCUCUUUCCAGACACCUCACUACAAGUGGUGGAGCACUUGACUCUUUCAUCUCAACAAUCGACAUGACCGGCUCAGGCAGCUAGCCCACCGAAAAGGCAGAAAAGAAACCAUGCCCCAGCAACAUGACUCGUCUGAAGGCGAUGGGAAGAUAAGUUCGUUUUGGGAUCUAAGAUUCAAUUCUCAAGGGUCUAUGACCUGGGAAAGUGAAAACAAGACAUCCCGCGAAAUAUGCAGGGAAGUCGGAUCAGCAGGCUUGGUCGAGUUCUUCAUGACCAAGUCUGAGAACACCAACCGACUUGCGCUCGAGGUAGAGGUAGUUAUGAAUUUCUGUCCAGAACAUAUCCUGGAAGAGUUAGAGUCUGCCUGUCCACUGGCUACGGUGAAGAAUGUCUCACUCCUCGAUGACCGGACGAAUGACGACACCGACAGGCCCUCAAUUUCCCGAGGGUAUCUUGGACCUCUCAAUGCAUAUAAACUCUACCUGGAGUUGCAAAAGAGGCGAUUCCGAUGCCAGAAAUCCGAUACCCAGACUGGGUCAGACGGGACGCAGCUACAGCCAGAUGCCGAUCGUCGUCUGAUAUUCGUUACAAACCUGGACCCUUGGACGAUGAUGGCCAUCAUGGCAACAGCAUCACUCCAUCAAGUCGGGGCAUUAGGAACAAGUUUCUACCGGCACUUGGCCUUUGAAAGCUUCAUUGGCAGCCACUGUCCAUCUAAUGGACUUUCAACAUUCUUCCAAACAUUUCGACUGGCUUUUGAUCUGCCAUACUAUGUGUUUAGACGGGCGGCACGCCGUAAACCACCACAAGACCACCGAGGCAGAGGCCCCAACGCCACUCACAGAGAGGCUACAGACUUAUCUUUCCUUACAAGGAUACCGGCUGGAUCCCCGCCUCGUUUCGAGCUCGAAUACCUUUGCCAAGCCCAAGUAUCUGUACUGAUUACAGGAUCUGAUCCUUGGAGAUGGGUUGCGUACUGCUUUGUCGACAACUACUUUGACCAAGAGGAUACUGGGGACAGCCCCGACGUCUAUGACGAGGACAGAGAAGUCGACGAGGAUACGGGUGUCUGUCAUAUCCAACCCGACCCUCUCACAGCCGGAGGUCUGGACGCCAAUUUUCCAAUCAAAGGUCCGCGCGAAUACUUUUUAGCUGUUUUACAGGCACGGCUGCGAGAUAUCAGGGUCGAAUGGCAGAAGUUAGUGAGCGAACUGGAAACGCUGAUUGGUAAAUAUAUUCAGCCUGGUCCCAUCCAGACGACGACAACAACGCAUCAUGCCUCACCCAAUUGCCAUGAUAUCCCCACCAUCAUGAAUUCCCAUGUAUGGGCUGACCAGACCACGGCGCUUCUUAGAAAGCUAGCCCAGAACCUCAAAAUGACAAUCAAGCAGUUGGAGUCUUUUGAAGCUGACAAAGUAUUUUCAACAGUCGCUGAGCGAGCAGCCAUCAGCUACAUCCCCACCAUCCGCGAGAUCACGGAAGACUUUAGGAAGUACCAACAAAAAUUGGAAUUUCUCACCGAUGACUGCGAUUACUAUCAGAAGAGGGUAAGACACGAACUCACAUUCCAACUGAGCUACGUGGGGGCGAAUGAUGCGAAAGCCCAAGCCAUCAUGGCAGCUUACGGGCAAACGAUGACAUUCGUAAUGCUGUUUUUCUUCACACCCAUCGCACUCGCCGCUAGUGUGUUAUCGAUGCAGCCAAAAGUUAUACCCGCCCCGCUGAGACUAGAUGGCACGUCGUUCAUCAUCUUGGUCAUCAUCUUCAUGGUGUUGAUAUGGUCUGCCGUGGGCGUACGGCUGAACUGGGAGCGAAUCACGCAGAGCUUGAGACGUAUUCUCAAACCAGAUCCAGACCGUAGGGAUCUAGAAUAUCAGGAAGAUUGAAAAGGAAGUAGAUAUCGCAAAAGAAUAAAAAU